CCUGGAUUGCAAAAACGCGGAAAUAGGAUCCAUCUCCUUCCAUUGAUCAGAAUUCUUUUCGGCACCAUGGAGCGAAAUAUGGGCUCGGAGCAUGAAGAUUGCUUACAAGAGUCAAGUUAAGAAUGCUUAUAAUCUUCUGCCUCUUCUGGAAGAAACGUAUGACCACAGUUGCGGAGGUGUCCUUCCCUGAGUGGCGAAGACAUAUACAUCUUAACCUUGCCAGCCCAUUGUCUCACGUGACUGCGAAACUCCUGAGUAGUGCUGGCCGCGCUGAGAUCAAAGGUCACUGGUUCGAUUCUCGAACUGCUCAAUGUUCCCCCUUUAUUUUCCCUUGUCAUUCCUCCCAACGUAAUUUGUGGGUCUUGAGAGCUCCAGGCUUGGCCAGACUUUAGAUUUUCAGCCACAGUCUCACAUCGCCGCUCCAUUCUGGUAUCCGUCAAAUUCCAGAGUCAAUAAUGGAACAGCAAUGAUCCCUAAGCAUUUAACGGAAACUCUGCAAAGAUAUCCAGGGAAUGGACGGAAUAUGAGCCAUGGGUGACCUCUCUGAUCCCCUGGCGAUCGACAUUUUUUCCAAGCCUCAGACGCGUUUGUUGGCUUCGCACGGCGAUUACUCAAGAACAAUGGGCCGAAGAACGCUGAUCCAGAUUCGACCGUGAUUUCAACCUCCCCUGUACCUUUUUGCCAACCCUCGACUGUCGCUUACUCGUACUAAUAAUAUCUAUCUGGUUCGACUCUUUCGUCCCAAAUUUGAGCUGCAUUGCUCCACUCGUGGCUCAAGCUCAGAAGCUGACGUCUCCCCACGGCCUGUUCCAUUAUUUGUGAAACUUACUAAACGCGUCAUCAUCAUCGACAAUCGAACUUCGAGGAUCAUCUCCUCGACCGAACAGCUUCCCCUAGCUAUGAAGCGUGGGUCGAUCCUCUAAACUGCCUUCCUUUAAGAACAACCGACGACGUCGAUCCUGUCCUCCUUUCUCUUCACUCCUCUGAUCGCCAGGCCCCGUGUUUUUCGCUCCUCUCGCCAGCUCCUCGCCGCUCUUUUAAAACGCCCCUCCUCUCUUCCAAGCCAUUCCAUUCCCACAGAAACGCUAUCUUCUCGCAAUAAAUCCACCGAAGGGCACACGAAGAACCGGAGGAUAAGAGGCGGGAUUAAAAGAUGCGCGGACCGUCCGGGAGCACGGUCGGCAAUCGAACACUAAUCUAACAGCACGUCCGCAGUCAGCCUCGGAAGAAUGACCUACCACCGUGGUAUCCGUCGUCGCAUCGCCAUUGUCGCGACACUCCUCACAGUCUUCCUAAUCUACCAUUUCACAUUCGGCACCGAGUCCCACCCCUCAUAUCAUGCAUUCUACAAUUAUCCGCCGAAGCGGAGCUGUCCGCCCCUCCCGGGCAUCGAAGACGUCCUUGUGGUCAUGAAGACCGGCGUCACCGAAGCCCUCGACAAAGUCCCCAUCCAUUUCAAAACCACCUUCCGCUGCAUUCCCAACUACAUCAUCUACUCCGACUUUGAAGAAGACAUUGAAGGCGUAACAAUCCACGAUGCAUUCCGCAACGUUUCCCCCGCUGUGAAAGAAUCCGUCGCCGAUUUCCAAAUCUACAACCGCCUUCAAAAGCGCGGGCGCGAGGGCCUCGAAUCUCAAGAUUUCGCCGACGAAGCGAACUCCGCCAUCGGGAAACCGAACAACCCCGGCUGGAAGCUCGAUAAAUGGAAAUUCCUCCCUAUGGUCCGGGAAGCCUACAACCACAAGCCUGAUGCGAAAUGGUUUGUCUUUAUGGAAGCAGACACCUAUUUCUCAUGGUCCACGCUUUUGGGAUGGCUAUCGCACUUUGACCCCUCAAAACCAUACUACAUUGGCACAGAGACACAGAUCGCCGAUGUCAUUUUCGCACACGGCGGAUCGGGCUUCGUAAUCUCGAACCCAGCCAUGAAGCUCGUGGCGGAGGAGUACACCAAGCGCGCGGACGAACUGCACGAGUACACAGACGCUCACUGGGCAGGAGACUGCGUACUCGGUAAGGUGCUCUCGAACGUUGGCGUCCAGCUCUCCUAUUCCUGGCCGAUUCUCCAAAACUCAAAUAUUGGUGAACUAGACGAGUUCACCACGACAUUUUACCGCCGGCCUUGGUGUUUCCCUGCCGUGGCAUUCCACCAUCUAUCCCCAAGUGACGUUCGGUUUUUGCAUGAUUUUGAGCAACGGAGACUUUCGAAGUCUUCAAAACCGGUCCUCCUCCAUAGCGACGUGUUCAAAGAGCUGAUUUACCCGGAGCUCUCGAAUAUCCGGGAUAGUUGGGAUAAUCUCUGCAGCCAGGAACAGGCGACUCUCUCUACAUUCCAGGAAUGUCAGUCAUACUGCGAGGAUACUGCGGAUUGUGUGCAGUUUGUCAUGCGAGGAGGAACAUGCUAUACUAGUACAACGCCUCGCCUGGGGACUAGCAACUCGGAUGCCCGUUCUGGAUGGCUCAUCAAGAAGAUAGAGAAAAUGGUGGACCAGGCGCCUAAAUGUUCUCGCCCGGACUUUGGACUAUGAUCUGACUACAUAUAUUCUUCUUUUUCGCCGGACGAAAUAAUUUGGACACUUCAAAAGUAUCAACUUCUGUAUUAUUAGAAGCAUCAGAUCUAACCACAUGUGGGUCAUAAGCAAUGGUUACAAGAAUCACGCGUUGGCGACUUCUGUACACUUCAGCCUUUGUCCUACCAGAAUAAUCCUUGCCGGGCCCUCGAAUACCAAGUCUUCCUUUCAAAACAUGCCACUUCUGAUCAGAAUUAUCUUCC